CACCAUACCUGACAUGAUUCAAAAGUGUCUGUGGCUUCAGUUCCUUAUGGGUAUGUUCAUUGCUGGCACCCUAUCCCUGGACUGUAACUUACUGAAUGUUCACCUGAGAAGAGUCACCUGGCAAAAUCUGAGACUUCUGAGUAGUAUGAGCAAUUCAUUUCCUGUAGAAUGUCUACGAGAAAACAUAGCUUUUGAGUUGCCCCAAGAGUUUCUACAAUACACCCAGCAUAUGAAGAGGGACAUCAAGAAGGCCUUCUAUGAAAUAUCCCUACAGACCUUCAACAUCUUCAGCCAACACACCUUCAAAUCUUGGAAAGAGAGACACGUCAAACAAAUCCAAAUAGGACUUGAUCAGCAAGCAGAGUACCUGAACCAAUGCUUGGAGGAAGACAAGAAUGAAAAUGAAGACAUGAAAGAAAUGAAAGAGAAUGAGAUGAAACCCUCAGAAGCCAGGGUCCCCCAGCUGAGUAACCUCGAACUGAGGAGAUAUUUCAACAGGAUAGACAAUUUCCUGAAAGAAAAGAAAUACAGUGACUGUGCCUGGGAGAUUGUCCGAGUGGAAAUCAGAAGAUGUUUGUACUACUUUUACAAAUUCACAGCUCUAUUCAGGAGGAAAUAAG